UUUAUUACAUAUUUUUAAAAACAUCAGAUAAUUCAUACAAGUGAAUAAAUAUGUAGCCAUUUUAUCUUCUGUUUUUAGGUUAAGUUAACCUAUAAAUUUAAUAGUCCUGAUAACUGCGAAAAGCGAAUAGUGUUGAAAAAUUAGAAAUUAAUCAAAGCAAAAGUAAUUUACAUAACUACAAAAAUGGCACUAAAUAGAGAUCGGCGUUCAAACGCCGGGAGUAAGAUGGCAAAAUUACUGAAUGAAGAAGAGGAGGAUGAUUUCUAUAAAACAACUUAUGGAGGGUUUGACGAAGUAGAACAAGAUCAUGAUUACAUGGAAGAAGAUGAAGCGGAAGAUGAAGUAGAUUCAGACUUUAGCAUAGAUGAAAAUGAUGAGCCCAUUUCUGAUACCGAACAGGAGGGACCUAAGAAAAAACGUAGGCUAGUAACAAAAGCUUACAAAGAACCUAAAGUUCAGUCUAAUCAAUUGCCAUCUAAAGAAAAGAGAGUAAGACAGCCAAGGCAAAGAAACUUUAUCGAGAGCACAGAAAGAAAAUCUAUACGUCGAUCUACUGCUGCAAAAUCGGCUGCAACACAAAGAAGACUUACUGAAAGAAAUGAGCAUCAAAAAAGGAAAACUAGAGUUAUAAGACACGAUACAUGGAAGCCUACUCAAGAAGAAUUAUUAGAAGAAGCAUUGCAAACUGAACAGAUCAAUAUGAAAUCAUUAGAAAAGUAUCAGAAACUAGAAAAUGAAAAAAAAAAUACUAGGACAGUAAGAAAAUCGCAAACUGGUCCUAUGAUUAGGUAUCAGUCUUUAGCAAUGCCUGUUAUGAUACUUUCUGAGGUAAAUUAUGAUAAAGAAGAAGAUAAAAUUAAUGUCGAAGGAGAUGACGAAAGAAGUGCAAAUUUGGAAGACAAGCAUCCAGAUGGGACAACAGAUGAAAGUGCUGUGACUAUAAAGACAGAAAAUGGCAUGACGGAUGUUGCCAAAAAGGAAUCUUCUCAAAAUUCCAACAAAGGAAAAUAUUACUAUGAACAAACAAAAGGAUAUUACGAAAGAACCUUCAUUACUUUCGAAAAUGAACAACUGUUUUCUGAAGCUUUCAAAAAACCUUCCACGCCAAGAUCACAGAUGAAACCUUUAUGUGCAAUUACUAGGCUCCCAGCAAAAUAUUUAGAUCCCAUGACUCAGCUACCAUACAAAAAUGUGCAAACAUUUCGUCUAUUGCGUGAAGCAUAUUAUCAACAAUUAGAAGCUCGAACAGAUAUUAAUGAUACCUCACAAAGCUCAGAUUUACUACGGUGGCUUGAAUGGAGACAAAAAAAUCAUGGUGGUCUAGCUCAAAGAAACACAGUACGUCUUGAACCAGCUUCCGCGAGCAUGCCUAUGUAGUUUCUAGAAUCAGUGAUAAAAUUAAACAAUAUCUGUAUCAUUAUAAUAAUGCAUUAUUUUUUAUUUUUAUUAUUUCUAAAUUCAGGACUUUCAUUUAAGAAACCUUUAAUUUGUAAAAUAAAUGUAACUACAAAUAACAGCGAAAAAAUAUGUUGUAAAGAAAAGAGAAACUGUAAAUAAUCGCAUAAUUUAUUGUUAAGUGUGGUAUCGAAUUAUUGCAUAUCAUCUGCAUUGUAUCACGCGAGUUUUGAGAUUCUUUGUAUAUACAGUCUUAAAAUUAUGGUAAAAGUAGCGAUAUAUAAUGUAUCUAUUUAUACAAAGCUAUAUCGAUUAAUAUCAAUAUUUUUCGGCUAACGAAACGACAAAUUGUACAAUACACACGUAUACAUAUAUGUUCAAAGCAAAAGUGAUUUUAUUAAUAAAAUUAUGAAGUACAAA